ACACACAUACUGACUCACUGACACACACACAUACACACACUCAGACUCGCGCUUUCGAGCACAUCUACACGCGCUGCCACAGCAGUGCGCUUCAACACGCUUCUGUGCGCAACACCAAUUCCUCUUUUGCCUGGCAGUUUGGACAAAACUUGCUGCCUCCUGGGUAUGACUGAACGACUAACGAGAGCAAGAAGAUAGCAGAACUCUUAAACUCGGAGGGCUGCGGGCGAUUAAGGGAGAAAUCCCUGCGGAAACCUCAAAGCAUCGGAGACCGAUAAGGCAAUGGAGCGCAAUAACGCACGCAAAUCUGAGACGGCGUUAUAACGGAAUACAGUUGAAGACCUCUAAUUUAGUUUUGUUUGAAGAAGAGGAGGCUGAUUUAUGUCCAAGCAUGACUUUUUAUGAAUACAUGAAAUAGAUCAUGUUUUGCACACUCUGCAUUUGCUGUGCGCAAUGGGCUCAACAGAACUGCAUUUGAAUAUGAAAUUCUGAGCAUUAUUUAGACAAAAAGGCUGGUUUUAUAAUAUUUUCUCAGUCUGAGUUUGCCAUUUGUUCUUGAAGAAGAUAACUAGUUGAACACAGCUCACUUCUUCAAGCACAUUUCGGAAAGAUGGAUUUCUGGAUAUCACACCAAGGGAUUGCAUUUAUCUUUUGCUUCGUUCUGAAAGUCAGCGCAAAAGAAAGUGAGACAUGUGGAGGCCACCUGGAUGCCAGCGGAGCCGGCUACAUCACAUCUCCAGGAUACCCUCUGGAAUACCCGCCCCAUCAGAGCUGUCAGUGGGUGAUCAGCGCACCCGAACCCUCACAGCGCAUCGUGCUCAACUUCAACCCCCACUUUGAGCUGGAACGCCUGGACUGCAGGUAUGACUUCAUCGAGAUCCGAGAUGGGAAUUCGGAGUCUGCAGACCUGCUGGGCAAACACUGCAGUAACAUCGCUCCUCCCGCCAUCAUCUCCUCCGGUCCCUUCAUCCACAUCAAGUUUGUGUCUGAUUACGCACACCAGGGUGCCGGUUUCUCCCUGCGCUACGAGAUCUUCAAGACUGGAGCUGAGCAUUGUUUCCGUAAUUUCAGUUCCCCAACCGGAGUGAUCGAGUCUCCGGGUUUCCCUGACAAGUAUCCACAUAAUUUGGAGUGCUCCUUCAUCAUCAUCGCUCCUCCUCAAACCGAGGUCACUCUCACCUUCCAGACCUUCGACCUGGAGAACGACCCUCUGCUGAUGGGGGAAGGAGAGUGCAAAUACGACUGGCUCGAUGUCUGGGACGGCCUGCCGCAAGUGGGACCCUUGAUCGGACGAUACUGUGGCUCGAAGAUCCCUCCAAAGAUCCAGUCCUCCACGGGCCUUCUGUCGCUGUCCUUCCACACUGACAUGGCUGUGGCCAAAGACGGAUUCUCGGCCAGAUAUAACAUGACCCACAAGGAAGUUAGCGACACGUUUCACUGUAGUAAUGCGUUUGGACUGGAGUCUGGGAAGAUCUCUGAUGAUCAGAUUUCGGCCUCCACUUCGUUUUAUGAUGGACGCUGGCAGCCUCGUCAGGCACGUCUGAACAAUGAGGACAACGCCUGGACGCCCGGUGAGGACAGCAACAAGGAGUACAUACAGGUGGAUCUUCAGUUCCUCAAGGUUCUGACCGGCAUCGCUACUCAAGGAGCCAUUUCCAAAGAGACCCAGAAGUCAUACUACGUCACCACCUUCAAGCUGGAAGUUAGCACUAACGGAGAGGACUGGAUGUUUUAUCGGCAUGGCAAAAACCACAAGAUUUUCCAUGCCAACACUGACCCGUCGGAGGUGGUUUUGAAUCGUAUCCCUCAGCCUGUUCUGGCCCGCUUUGUCCGCAUUCGACCACAGACGUGGAACAAUGGCAUUGCACUGCGCUUUGAGCUUUAUGGCUGCCAGAUUACAGAUGCUCCUUGUUCAGAGCUCCAGGGAAUGUUGUCAGGACUCCUCCCGGACUCCCAGAUCUCAGCCUCCUCAAUGCGGGACCUCCACUGGAGCCCUGGAGCGGCUCGUUUGGUGGCCAGUCGAUCAGGAUGGUUUCCCAGUCCUGCUCAGCCUAUAGCUGGAGAAGAGUGGCUCCAGGUAGACCUCGGGACACCCCGGAUGGUGCGUGGAGUGAUAACUCAAGGAGCGCGGAGUGGUGAUGGAGGAACCAGCUCAGAGAACCGGGCUUUCGUACGGAAGUACCGCCUCGCACACAGCCUGAACGGGAAAGACUGGAACUUUGUAAUAGAUAGCAAGACUAGCAUGCCUAAGCUGUUUGAGGGGAACACGAACUACGACACCCCAGAGCUGCGUCGGUUUGAGGAGCUGCCAGCUCAGUUUAUCCGCAUCUAUCCAGAGCGCUGGUCUCCGGCAGGCAUCGGAAUGAGAAUGGAAGUAUUGGGCUGCAACCUGCCAGAAACCUCCACACCAGCGCUGGAGACGAGCAAACCAACACAACCGACCUCAGUAGAGACCAGCACGACACAGAAACCCAGUCCAGUAACCAGCGCUGCCCUGCCGUCUCACAAAGGACUGUGUGAUUUUGAGCAGGGAUGGUGUGGUUGGACCCUCGACCUGGAUUCUGACUUCAGCUGGGUUAUGCACAGCUCCAGCAAAAGCUCUGCCUUGGGUCAAAGUCAUAAUCUCUCCAUGGGCUCAAACAGUUUGGGAAACUACCUGUACAUCGAGGCUAGUCCAGAGACGCAGGGCCAGAAAGCUCGCCUCUUCAGCCCGGGUGUGGAUCCAGACACGGGACCCCUGUGCCUGAUGUUCUCCUACCAGCUGGAGGAUCAGGGCACUCUGAGGGUCCUGCUGCAGAACAAACAGCAGGAGAAGACGCUGCUGUGGUCCCUCAGCGGAGACCAGCAGCCCAUCUGGAGAGAAGGACGUACCAUUAUUCCUCGAUCCCCUGAUGAGUUAAAGGUGGUAAUCGAAGGAUUUUUCGAGGGUACCAAAGGCCACAUAUGGAUUGAUAACAUUCACAUGAGUGGGAACACACCGCUGGAAGAGUGCACUCAGCCGUUCUCCGCGUUUCCUCCGGACAUGAUCGUUAAAAAACCAGAGGUUGGAAAUGGCCGUCUCUUCACCGGGAAGGACCACAUAAAUGCAGGUUUCCAGUUUCCAGAGUGGGGCACGGCUGAGACCCCAUCGGAGCCCCCUGUGACCCAUGUUAUCGAUAAAGACAACUCAUGGCUGUACUCUCUGGACCCUAUUCUCCUGACCAUCAUCGUCAUGAGCUCUCUAGGAGUUCUUCUAGGUGCUGUUUGUGCUGGCCUACUCCUUUACUGCACCUGCUCAUACGGAGGCUUAACGUCUCGCUCUUCCACCACUUUGGAGAACUACAACUUCGAGCUAUACGAUGGGAUUAAGCACAAAGUGAAGCUCAACCAACAGCGCUGCUGCUCCGAGGCUUGAGGAAAACAGAUGGGGUGAUAUCAAGUAUCCUAAAAUGACCUCAAAGUUACCCGAUUUGACUCUUUGAAGAGAGACGAGCCUCAUCUCUUAGUAUUCCUGGAAUGCAUGUCCAUCUCAGCUGGAGAGCUCCUAAACUGAACUUCUCCUGGAGCUUAUUUUCCAAGCAGUGCUUACUCAGCUCUAACGCUGCUGCCAAGGACUUCCUCGUCUUUCACUGGAUUACAUCAAAAAAAGGGGAGCGUUUGGUGCCACAAAGACUGAAACACUUUCCAGGGCUCAGCCUCAAAAAUAAAUGUCGAUACAUAUCAAUGUUCUGCUAUUCCAAAAAGAUAAUAGUAUAUCAGCUUAGAUUUCUAAGAGGUCUAGUUUUGAAAAUGGGAGAUCUGUGGCCGGACCUUCGAGCCAUGAACUUCUGUCCACCGUCAUUCCCCAAAGUACUUUUUGUGGCCUAGGAUAUGGUGCAUUGUUUUAAAAGCUUUGAUGGGUUGGUUUAAUGUUGUUCUAUUUGGGUUAUUUUUAUUUCCUUCGCAGAAAAGUUUGCCAUCAUUAUUGUGUUUACAACACCCGACCAUUUUGUGUUUCUCUUGUAAUUCUGACAGUUUGGAAAUGGAAACGACAGAUAAAAGGUUCUUAUAUUUAGUUUUAGGCAUUAUGUGUUUGGUGGAUUGUGUUCUGAAAAAAAAAGGCACCGCACUUGUCUAAAACAAUUGAGGAUUUUGUCAGUGCAACCUAUGGAUUGCUGUAACCGAGAGACAGCUAACGUUGUGAGCUUUGGUCUAGUAAACAGGCAUUAAGUAAUGUGGGGAAAGGCUGCCGCAUACUGAAGGCAUGGAUUUGAAUUCUCUUACUUCACUCCGGGCCUUAAAGAAUGCUACUGCUGUUGGCUCAAAUAGGUUCAUUUCCGCUGCUUGUAUUUUUUAAAAGCUCUAAAAUCGACACCAUUUUGCUGUGCCAGUCAUUUAUAAUACUGUACAUCUCGGCUUUAGGGUCAAGCAGAUAUUUUUUACACAUCAAAAUGAUUGUUUGAAGUCUGUAAGAGGUCAAACAUUUUAGAUUUGGAUUGAUUUGAAGGAUGAAAACAAAAGUGUAUACAGAAAUAUUUUAUAUAUUUUUAAAAGUGAAAGCCAAGAUGAGUGUUAUGAAACCUGUCAAUGGUGGAAAAUAUUAAUUCAUAUAUAUAUUAAAACAUUUUGUUCUUUUAGGUUACAGUUUUUGCAAACGGGUUAGGACCUAACACUGAGCCUUGAGGAACACCAAUACUUUAAAAUGCAACACCUUUCCUCUGUUUAUUUCCCUGAUCUUUCCCUUUUCAGAUUUUUUUUGUUUCCAUGCUAAGGCUUUAUGUUAACAGGAGACAGGUUGGUUGUAAAUCUGCUCCCCUGUGGUUUUCAAAGACUGAAAAAAAGGCGGAAGACAGAUGCCGUAAAUCUUUACCUACUUGCUCAGAUGGGAUUCCUCAGCCUCAUGCUCAAAAACACAAUGGAGUCGGUGGAAGUAAAUGCACCCAAAGCACACUACACCUCUGCAGAAUAAGACACACGAUGAGAGUCUGGGAUCUCCGAUAAAGAGUUUUAAGGCACUGGUAGGCAAGCUUAGAUAUUUCUACUGAACCCUGCUUGAUCCACACAUGUACUUCUUGAAGAGUCUUGCUACUGGACCCCUGGACAUUUGCAAGUGCCUUGGAGCUACUCUGUUCCAGCCUCGGCUUUGGACCUGAAAAAGACUUCUUUGGAGCGUUUGUCUGUCUUAAACACUCGAUAUACUUGAGAAAUCACAGCACUGGGUUAAAUCCCAGUCUCUCUUUGGACACUUUGUACAGGAAAUGUGCUUUUUAUGAUGAUGAUUAUUGUUAUUAUGAUUAUUUAAUAAAGGAUUGUUAACAUA